CACGUAUUUGCAUGUGUAUAUGUAUGCAGUUGACGGAAGAAAAGACAGCAAAAGACAGUAGGCGGCGGGUGGUUGUUAGCAAAUACAUUUAGUGUGUAAUUCCACAUUCGAUCGUCAACAUUGUCAGUCUUUGGGUGACGCUGGUGCCUGCGUUUCAAACAAAAAUUUCAUUGAACGAACAGCAAAACGGGUGAAAGUGAAGAAGUGGGAAAGAAGCAUUGAAAUUUUGCCGAAAAACAUAAUACCAAUAAUAAAAACUUCAAAACAAUAAGAAAAAAACUGACCACAGUUAAACCACAUUAAAUAAUUAGUGCAGACAAAAUAUAAGCAGCCUAAAAGCAACAACAGCGGCGAUAAUAUAACAACACAAUUAAAUAAACAUAAACAUGUCAAGCGAAACAAAAACUACAGCAACAACACAAAACAAAGUGAAUGAGAUUGAUAAGAUACGUCUUAAUCUAGCCGAUGAUUGGAAAGUGCUGGGCUCUGUCUAUGAUUUGUUGAAAAAUGGAAAAGCGUUUUGUGUGUCCGAUGCCGAGCGCGAUGCGGUAAAAGUUGUCGAUUUUAAGCAGCCGAACGAAAUGAAGCAAUUGAUUGACCUCAGCAUCGAUGAGAACAAAACACAUACCAUAGCAGAGAUAGAGGACUUAUGUCGGCUGGUAAUUAAAUAUUCAGUAAAAACCAAUCAUGGCCGGUUUCAUAAUCAGCUGUUCGGCCAAAUGGAUCCAUUUGGUUUGAUGGGGCAAUGGAUUACCGAUGCGCUCAAUGCAAGCGCUUACACGUACGAAGUGGGUCCCGUCUUCUCGCUGAUGGAAACGGAAAUCAUACGUACCGUUUGCCAAUUGGCUGGUUAUGCUGAAGGUGAUGGCAUCUUCUCACCUGGUGGCUCCAUAUCUAAUAUGUACGGCCUUGUCUUAGCUCGCUAUAGCCGUCACCCUCAAGUGAAGACUGCCGGCUUGUUUGGCAUGCGUCCACUUGCUCUCUUCACAUCUGAAGAGUCACAUUAUAGCUUUGUUAAGGCCGCGCAUUGGCUGGGUCUAGGCGCCGAUAAUUGUAUAGUUGUCAAAACAAAUGAACGCGGUCAAAUGUUAACAAACGAUUUGGAGGCAAAGGUUUUGAAAGCACAAGAGUCGGGAUGCGAACCAUUCUUUGUGAACGCUACCGCUGGCACCACUGUGUUGGGAGCGUUCGAUGAUCUCAAUGCGAUAGCGGAUGUGUGUGAAAAAUAUGGCUUGUGGUUGCAUGUGGAUGCAUGUCUUGGCGGUUCGGCGUUGCUCUCUUAUAGAAAUCACUACUUGUUAGCUGGCCUCGAUCGCACUAAAUCUUUCGCCUGGAAUCCACAUAAAUCACUCGGCGCGCCACUGCAAUGCUCGCUCUUCUUGACACGAGAGCGUGAUCUACUCACACGUUGUAAUAGCAUACAGGUGAACUAUCUCUUUCAGCAGGACAAAUUUUACGAUGUAUCCUAUGAUACAGGCAAUAAGAGCAUACAGUGCGGACGUAAAAUUGAUGCUUUCAAAUUUUGGUUAAUGCUGAAGGCGCGUGGUUACGGCAGUUUUGGACGUUUGCUGGAUCAUGCCAUAGAUAUUUCAAAAGUUCUCGUUGAAAAAAUCAAGCAACGUGGUACCGAACGCUUUCGUUUGGUUCUGGAAGAUUACCAAUAUAUGAAUGUUUGCUUUUGGUACAUACCGAAGGCGCUAAGGGGCCUUGAAGAAACGCCAGAGUGGCGAGAGCGUUUAUAUACGGUUGCACCAAAGAUUAAGGAGCGUAUGGCUUAUAGCGGCACUGUGAUGAUCGGCUAUACGCCACUACAAUAUCGUGGCUUGGGUAAUUUUUUCCGCAUGGUAUUUACUUGUUUCCCAGUGCUAGAGGAAGCGGAACUAGAUUUUAUUUUGAAUGAAAUCGAGCGCUUGGGCGAAGAGUGCGAGUAUUAAUCGGAGAUAGUUUAGGUUAUAACAAUAUACUUAAGACUAUUUCCUAAGCUUAAUUUACAAUUGAAUGCAGAAAAAAAAAUAUAAGAAAAUUUACUUGUGAAAAA